CUGAAAUGCAUCCGCUCAUCGUUGUCGUGGAUUAAACCGAAAAAAAGCGCUUUAUGUGCUAAAUUAUUUGAUUCUUAUUAAAUUUUCGUUUUAUUUUCGACAGUGUUAGUCAGGUUAUUUUCUCUGUAGAACGGUGAAACGUCGUUAACAGAAAGCGUAGGAACUCGUAUUUGACGCACUACUGGGGUAGUCGAGUAGAAUUCGCAGUAGGACCUACAUAGUGACAAAUGGCGUGAUAGCAGCGUAUGUAGAAAUGAGGAAAGUUUCGUUAUUUUCUCCCAUUGAAAGUUCACAUUGACAUAACGUAACAUUUAAAAACAAGUCAAGUUCUUUUUCUACAAUGGACGCCCUGCAGAAGAAAGUGAUUCAGGAGGACAUGGUCCAGUACAAACUCUUCUUGAUCCAGACAGACGGUUCAUCUUCACAGCAAACUGAAGAACUUCUCUCUCAACUUAUAGAGGAGGUUUUGGCAAAGGUUGCCCCACACUUGAUCCAAUACAUCUGGCAGAAUCAGCCAUUUAAACUCAAGUAUCAUCCUGAGAAAGGAGGUGUGCCUGCUCACAUUGGAGGGAGCACUCAGUUUGGGGACAAUGUGGAGGAUGAGUGGUUUAUCGUUUACCUCCUAAAGCAAAUCACAGAGGACUUCCCAGAGCUCGUGGCCAGAGUUGAGGACAAUGAUGGGGAGUUUAUUCUGAUUGAAGCAGCAGAUUAUCUUCCCAAGUGGUUGAAUCCAGACACCAGUGAACACAGGGUCUUCCUCUAUAAGGGAGAAUUGCAUAUCCUGCCCUGCCCCUCCAAAUCCAGUCCAGUAGGCAUCUCAAAGGAUAUGGUACCCAGUGUGCCACAAGCUCUAGCACUGCUCGCCACCCACCCAGACGCCUGUCGAGCAAGUCCCAAGAUUUGUUCAGCUCUGAGGAAACGACUAGAGGGGUACCCAGAGAAGAUAAAAACAGGUCUCCACCGUGCCCACUGCUUCAUACCUGCAGGUAUUGCCAAGGUGUUGGCACAGCGACCAGACUUGGUUGCUCCCGCAGUGUCAGCUUUCUACCUGCGAGAUCCAGUAGAUCUGCAGGCGUGUCGAAGCUUCAAGACCUUUCCUCCUGACACAAGAGUCCUUGCCUCGGUGACAUUCACCCGCUGCCUGUAUGCCCAGCUGCAGCAGCAACAGUUCACUCCAGACAGGAGAAGUGGCUUCACCCUGCCUCCUCGCUCUCAUCCUCGUUACAAAGCCCAUGAGCUUGGCAUGAAACUGGCGCAUGGCUUUGAGAUCCUGUGUUCUAAGUGUAGGCUCCCCUCCUCAGAGCCCGAUGCCCCUGUCAGUUGUAAUCCUCAGUGGAAAGGUUUCAUGGACAGUCUGAAAAGGAACGACUACUACCGGGGAGAACUGGAAGGGUCGGCUCGUUUCAGAGAGCUGACAAGAUCUGCAGAAAACUUCUUCAAACAGUCUGUCGCCUCAAAAUCAAGUGCUUUAUCCCCAGGUGAGGAAGUUCUCCAGCUGCUGCACAGCUGCGACUCCUUCAACUUGGAGGAGCUGAAGAAACAAGAGUCACAGCUCCCCCAAGAGGACAGUGACAGCUGGCUGGAUAUCACAGCUCAGGAUUUGGAGCGCAUGUUGCAGGAGAGGAGUGGGGGGAGGUCUGGUGCUGGCAGCCAAAACUCUAGUUCGACCAAACAAACACAGCAUGUCAGGAGUACAGAGGAGAGGAGAAAGGAGACAGAGGACGACAAGGAGGAAGAGGAGGCCGGUUACAGCCUGGUCGCACUCAGUCAGGGGAUGAAGAACUUCCUCAACGCCAUGUCAUCACAUGAGGGUGCUGAACUGCCCUGGAGCAGCUCAACUCAGCCAUUUAGUUUUGAGCCUGACUCCAUGGCCAACGCACUGGACAGACUGCUGGGAAGUAAAGAAGAAGAAGAAUUAGAUUCCGACGAUCUAGAUGAUGACGAAGAUGAUGAUGAUGAUGAGGAAGAAGAGGAGGAAGAGAAAGAAGAGGGGUCCUCUGGUCAUGUAGAGAUGAACGGGACAGAUACUUUGGACAGUCUGAGAAGAUACAUGGACCAAAUGGAUCAGGAGCUGAUGAGCACUAAUAUAGGGAAAAGUUUCCAUCAAAGCAAUUACAACAAGGCAGGCUUGGACAGCGGCUCCCCUCAUCCCUCUGCCACAGGCGGUGUCCCAAGGGAGGAAGGGGUGGAAGAGAAGGAGGAGGAGAUCCAGCCUCUUGAUGUGGACUUAAACCUGGUCACCAACCUGCUGGAGUCCCUCAGCUGCCAGGACGGGCUGGCCGGACCGGCCUCCAACCUGCUGCAGAGCCUGGGCUUUCACUUACCCCCCAACUCUGAUACCUCAUAAUGAACAGGAAGUAACUUAAUGAUUUGGGCUGCAUUUGGCAGGCUUAACCUCAGCAUGAAAGGUGAUUUUACUGGAUUUUCUUCUUCUAGUUCCAUAAAUGUACAACAUCAUGUUUAUAGAGGAUUUUUAAUACAUGCUGCUAAUGGUGGAAUAGAUGUAUUGAUGGUGGGGGUUUUUUAAAAUCAGCACUUACCUUUGGUUGAAACAGAAUAAAUGUUUUUGUGAAUAAAGUUAUUUCAGUUUAUUGAAUGUACACAGAUUCUCCACAGGCUCAAGAUUAUCCACAUUAUUUUUCUAAGCAUGUGAAAUGGUAAAAAGUUUUCUAAAUGUAAUACAUGUACAGUGCAUAUGUAGAAAAAGUUGAAUAUUAAUAGCUUAUUCUUACAUUAAGGCAUCAUUUAGCUUCUUGUAAUAACUUACAACAGACUCAAUGAAACUGGUGUCAGCACCAUUUAACUCUUUCUUCAUGGUGACCCCUUCCCAUCUAACAGAGCAGUCAGAUUCAUUCAAGGGCAACUUCCGCUGGUUAAAAAUUCAUUCAGUCAGUGAUCUGAGUUUAAAUAUUUUUUUUAACACUGUUAAGUAAACGCAAUAAAGAGGGUUCAACUGUCUGUGUCCAGUUCAAAGAACCUGGACCUCGCUGUUUUCCCUUCUCAUUUGAAAAAGCUGUCAGAGCCAUGCAAGGACAACCUCCACAAAGCUGUGUUUGAAAAUUAAUUCACAGAGUUUAAGUCUCUUAAAUAAUGUUAGGUGAACUAUGUCAUGUAUACAACAGGGCCCAAAAGUCUGUGUUGACUAUCAAGAAUUCUUGGGUUUGUUCAUCAGAUUAUCCACAAUUCUCCUCAGAUGUACUCAGUUUUCCAUGAAAUUAGAAGCAAUGUGCUUGUUGUUAUAUGCUUGAUACCACUGUAUCACCUUCAGCUCUGAUAGAAAACUUAAAUUGUUUGAACGGUGCUGCUUAUUUGUACUUGUUCCAUUGCUAAAGAGCUUGUUUUGAAACUGCUGCUGUCCCAUGAAGGCCACAGUCUAAAACUAAUGUCCUUUACCCAACUUGGAGAGUGUAGUCUUUGUUUAGGUGGUUUAGUCUUCAGCUGUUUUGGUUAUACAUCAUUAACCUGUUACAUGUUUACAGUAUGCUGUCAUGGUUCCAAUUACCUACUGCAUGCUGUUUCCCUGCUGACAUUCUGUAUUUUAACUUAGCUGAACAUAUUUUGUGUUUGCCUCAGUAAACACAGGUCAUGAGACUGUGAGAUAAAAGUCAAAAGGUAACUUGUCAUUCUCCACAGAAUAAAAAAAAAAACAUUCAUCAAUGA